AUGAUGACUCCCGCCCACAGUAACCUUCAGGAUGUGCACUUCGCAGCCACGCCUACGUUUGAGAGUGUAACAAAGUGGCGUGGCUGCGAAGUGCACAUCCUGAAGGUUACUGUGGGCGGGAGUCAUCAUUUGUCCUAUAUAAGAUCCUGGAGUCCCUCCGUCAAGAUCACAGUGGACCCGCUCCUCACUCACACAACUCCUGCAACCAUGAGAUUCCUGUCAGUGACAGCGGUGCUGGCCGUGAUGGCUGGUGUUUGCUAUGGUGGACUGAUUGGUGGCUAUGGUGGUCACGGUGGCCUUGGAGGUCUUGGUGGACAUGGAGGCCUUGGUGGUCUUGGUGGCCAUGGAGGCCUUGGUGGUCUUGGUGGAUAUGGAGGCCUUGGUGGUCUUGGAGGUCUUGGUGGUCUUGGUGGCCUUAAAGGCCUUGGUGGUCUUGGAGGUCUUGGAGCUCUUGGUGGUCUUGGUGGCCUUAAAGGCCUUGGUGGUCACGGUGGCCUUAAAGGCCUUGGUGGUUAUGGUGGCUACGGUGGCGGCAGCGGUUAUGGGGGAGGCUUGGAAGGUUUCGGUGGCUUUGGAGGCCAUGGUGGGGGUCUCAAAGGAGGAUACGGAGGCCAGGGAGGUCACACAUUCGUGCUGAGCAAGAGCCACGGAAGCCAUGGAGGAUUUGGACAUGGUGGACAAGGUCAAUUUGGCCUGGGAGGAGCCGGUGGAUUUGGCAAAGGCGGAUACAAUAAAUUUGGCGGUGGUGGUGGACUCGGAGGAAUAGGUCUUGGUGGACUUGGUCAUGGUGGCUACGGGAAGUAAGGCAGCUGGAGUUUCCUAGCACUGAGGACCAGCACAACUCUCG